AAUGCUCAUCAAACACCCCAUCUCUCUCUCUCUCUAUGUCUCUCUCUUAGUGUCAUGUUCCCCUUCGGCAGCAUGAGCUCGAGCAUGAGCAUGUAUGAGAGAGUGAGCUCCAAGGAUAGGGAGAAAAAGAAAAAGUUCAUCUUGUGGGCAUGUGCCAUCUCCUUAGUGAUUAUUCUAUCAACUGCGCUAUCCCUGACAACCACAAAGCAAGCAGGAGCUAAACCCAAGGGUCUAGCUUCCUCUUACCAUUCCUUCAGUACAGUCUCUAGGGCUGCCGCCGCCACCACCACCACCAGCUCCACCACCACCACCACCACCAAGAUCUCUAGCGCCAUCACCUUUGCCUGCGAGGCCACCCACUACCCAAAUGCAUGCGAGUCCGCCCUCGCCUCCCUUGCCGGAGCACCGACAAAGUCAGCAAAAGAGGUCUUCGACGUGUCCGUCCAAUUUGCCAUGGGCCGCGCCCACUCGGUCCGCGCCAUGGCCUACAACCUAACCCUCAAUCACCAGAAGCUCGGGUCCGGCCGCCCCACCGGCAUGGACGACUGCCUCGAGCUCCUCGACAUCACCCUGGAUCAACUCAACGACGUCCUCGACCCGAAGAAGAGCUCGAGUCCUCACGACAUCAAGACCUGGCUCAGCGCGGCCCUCACGAACCAGGCGACGUGCAAGGAUAGCCUCCAGAUCGUCGAGGCCUCCGACGGGAAGGAUGCCAUGAGCCGCCAGGUGGAGAGCUUGACGCAGUUCAUCAGCAACUCGCUCGCCCUCCACAUGAAGCUCAACGGUACUGGAAGCGAUGCCGGCGGCCGGAAGCUACUAUCCGACGGAUUUCCGGCAUGGCUGUCCGCCGCGGACCGAAAGCUCCUGGAAGCUCCCCCGGAGGACGUCCGGCCGGAUGCGGUGGUGGCCAAGGAUGGCAGCGGCACCCACAAGACGAUCAACGAGGCCAUCGCCUUCGUGUCGCUGGCCUCCGGCGGCGGUGGCAGGAGCGUGAUACACGUGAAAUCCGGGACCUAUAAUGAGUACAUCAAGAUCCCAACCAAGCAGAAGAACGUCAUGCUGAUGGGAGACGGGAAGGGCAAAUCCGUCAUUGUGGGCAGCAAGAACGUUGAAAACGGGUAUACGACCUACGGUUCCGCGACCGUCGCUGCCAUGGGUGCAGGCUUCAUCGCCAAGGGCGUCACCAUCAUCAACAACUCCGGGGCAUCGAAGCAGCAGGGCGUGGCCUUGCUUGUCGGCGGGGAUAAGUCCGUGAUCUACCAGUGCUCCAUACAGGGAUACCAGGACACCCUCUACACCCUCUCCAACCGGCAAUUCUAUUCACAGGACGACAUCUACGGCACCGUCGACUUCAUCUUCGGCAACUCGGCAGUGGUCUUCCAGAACUGCUACAUCCAACCUCGGAAGGCCGGCGGGGGCCAGAAGAACGUCAUCACGGCGCAAGGCCGGGAGGAUCCGAACCAGAACACCGGCAUAUCGAUCCACAAAUGCAGGAUCGUCGGAGCGUCGGACUUGGGCGGGACUCCGACCUACCUUGGUAGGCCAUGGAAGAAGUACUCGAGGACGGUGGUGAUGGAGACUUACAUGGAUGACUCCAUCGACCCUGCAGGGUGGGAGCCAUGGUCGGGCAGCUUCGCGCUUUCCACGCUCUACUAUGGGGAGUACGCCAACACUGGCCCAGGGGCCUCCACAUCCGGUCGGGUCGGUUGGUCCGGCGUCCACUCGUCGCUCUCCGCCUCCGAGGCAUCAAAAUUUACUGUUUCUGAAUUCAUCUUUGGUGACUCAUGGUUGCCGGGCACCGGCGUCAGCUACAACGCCGGACUCUGAUAUGCUAUCCCGCCGGCGUGACUAUAUGCAUAAAUUAUCACUACUGUGGCCCAGUUUGAACAAGUGUAAGAUAUGCAUGUUGGUUUUUAUUUAUGUACUGCUAUCUGCAACUCUGCAAGCGUAGAUUAAAUCAUCACGCUAUAACAAUAAAUGUGAACUUGUUUGCUACUAAGUGUUAUCCUUUUAAACUCGCA